CCCCCACUCGCUUGGAAGGGCGAAUCCCACUUGUAUUAAGCCAAACCUAACCAGCAUCAUCACCACCACCACCACCAUCGCCCUUUAUUUUCCUGGCACUUUUGAAGACUCGCAGGCGAUUCUGCUCGUCUGCCUACGCGACUCCGGGGCCGCAUCCUUGAACCCCAUCUGGCUCGUGUCCAGUGCAUCAUCACAGCUUUGAGAGACGGCCGCUGCACGCCCUUCCUUGUUCGCCCGUCCGGCCACCGGGCAGUCGCUCUCCUGAUUCUUUCCCCUCUACCCAUCGUUGACAUCAUACUUCACCCUAAAAUACUUGGACCAUCCAGCUUAUAGACAUCGAUCCCUCGCAAGGCCGCCAUGGCUGGCCUCGCGCAUGGCGCUGCCUCGCCGUGGGCGGGAGCAGCCGCGCACCCCACCUACGAGAUUCCCGACUCCUUGACAAGCUUCGCCCGAGCAGUCCUGGUGCCGCGAGCCACUGACGAUGCUAGCGACCCUGGAAGCAAGUCGAAAAGCUCGCAGGGCAUCGGGAUCGUCAGUUUUCUUACUGCCAUUGGUGUCGCGGCCGCCAUUUUCGCAGCCCAGUUCCUGGUCUUUGUGCUGUUGCGAAACAAACUGGCUCGCAUCUUCAAACCGAAGACGUACUUGGUUCCAGAACGCGAGCGAACCGAGUCCCCUCCAAGCAACACGUUAGCAAUGAUCAAGGCCCUUGUCCGAUAUGACGAUCGCGAGGUCAUCAAUAAGUGCGGUCUCGACGCUUACUUCUUCCUGCGCUACCUGAAAACGCUCCUCGUCAUCUUCGUCCCUAUAUGCGCCGUUGUUUUACCGGUCCUGAUCCCCAUCAACUACGUCGGCGGCAGGGGCCACAAGGUCGACGUCAACGACAACGCAGACAGAAGCAACAACAACACACCCACCGGACUCGAUACCCUCGCCUGGCAGAAUGUGAGCUCAGGUAACACCAGCCGCUACACAGCUCACCUUGUUAUGGGAAUUCUCGUCAUCAUCUGGGUUUGCGCCGUUUUUUUCUUCGAGCUCCGGGUCUACAUCAAGGUUAGGCAGGACUAUCUCACGAGCGCCGAACACAGGCUUCGCGCGUCGGCCACCACCGUGCUGGUCGGCUCAAUUCCAGACAAGUGGCUCAGCGAGGAAGCCCUCAGGGGACUCUUUGACGUCUUUCCGGGAGGCGUCAGAAAUAUAUGGCUAAAUCGUGACCUGACCAAGCUGCUGGAUAAAAUCUCCGACCGAGACAGUGUCCACGCCAAGCUUGAGUCUGCCGAGACUGACCUCAUCAAAGCCGCGAAGAAAGCACAGCUAAAAAAACGAGAUGCCGAAGAAAAGAAGGAGCGUAAGAAGCACAACAUCAAAGCUCCCACAAAGGAGCAAAAGGCCGCCCGGGAUAAGCAGGACGACGACAGAGCCAAGGCACUGGCAAACAGCGGCGAAGGAACCGACUCCGGCAAUCAAAAUGAAGUACCCCAUACGGUGGGGGAAGGGGUUCUGGAAUCGGAGAGGGACCUCGACGGGCAGCACGGCCACAACUUGGAAGAAGGGGGCCGCAAGAAGGCCAAAGGUCACCACAUGCUCGGCGCUGUUAAUCCGCUUGCUGUGGUUGGUAAAGGACUGCGAACCGCCGGCAACGAAGUAAACGACACGCUCGGGACUAGCAACGGCUUCAUGAAUGCUGAUCCUGCUAAUCAGCGGGGCCCAACGAGGCAAGUCGCUGGCGCUGGAUCACCUCAGAACACCGGCGAGCAGGUAGAGCCCGCACAGCCUGCAGUGUCCUUUGAAGGGCAACGCAGUCUCUCGCGUGCCCCAUCGACGAUCUCGGAAGGCUCUACAAAGGCCAUCCAGAAGAAGAUGAGCCGAAACGCUGCCGCAGGAAACACUGUUCGAGUUUUGGAAAACCCUGACGAUAUGAUCUCUCGCCACGAAACAAAGUUCUGGCAGUUCUGGAAACCCCCUACCGGCGGAUACGCCAACCCUGUGCCGCAGGGAACAGCAGCUGAAGAGUACCUGGCCAAGAAGGCUGAAAACCCGAAGACGUUUGGCCAAGCAGUCAAGAACUUCAUUCCCUUCAUGGGGAAGACCAAAGAAGAGGAGCCCAUAGAGUACCCCGACGCGCACAAUCCCGACUACCAGCAGGAAGACGAUGGCGAAGCCGAGUGGGCAAAGUAUCUUAAGAAGAAGGAUCGCCCUACGCAUCGGCUGCCGCCUUUCGGAGUCAAAUGGCUACCAGGACUGCCCCUGUUCAACAAAAAGGUCGACACGAUAUAUUGGUGCCGCGAAGAGCUGGCACGCCUAAACAUGGAAAUCGAGGAGGAUCAGAAACAUCUUGAGCGAUUCCCCCUGAUGCCAUCAGCCUUCGUCCAGUUUAACCACCAGGUUGCCGCACACAUGGCUUGCCAAAGCGUCGUGCAUCAUUUACCACGACAGAUGUCGCCCCGCAUGAUCGAGAUCUCGCCCCGAGACGUCAUUUGGGACAACAUGGCUCUCAACUGGUGGCAAGAAUGGCUUCGGUCAGGCAUUGUGACCGUCACGGUCUUUGCCAUGGUCUUCCUGUGGGCCAUUCCCGUUGCUUGGACAGCGGCUCUGAGCCAGCUCGACAAGGUCAUUGCCGAUGCGGACUGGGCCGUGCCCCUCCGAGAAAAUAAGACGAUAUCGAAUCUCGUCAAGGCCAUUGCCGGUGUCCUGCCAGCUGCCACGCUCGCGCUGUUGCUUAUCCUCGUCCCCAUCAUACUCAGCUUCCUGGCAAAAUUCAAGGGUGCCAAGACCGGUGCUCAGAGGAACGAGUUCGUACAGGUUUAUUACUUUGUAUUCCUGUUCGUUCAAGUCUUCCUAGUCGUGUCGAUUGCGUCCUUCUUUGCACGAUCCAUUACAGACUUGAUUGAAAACAUCAAGCAGCUGCAGUCAGUUACAAGUGUGUUGAACCUGCUUGCGGACAAUCUUCCUGCGGCCGCAAACUAUUUCUUCUCCUACAUGGUCCUCCAAGCCUUAUCGACGAGUUCUGGCACGCUGCUACAGGUCGGUGCGCUGCUCAUGUGGUUCAUAAUCGCCCCAAUGUUCGACAGCACGGCGCGGAACAAGUGGACACGAAACACGUCGCUCAACAAUAUCAACUGGGGCUCCUUCUUCCCCGUCUACACAAACUUCGCAUGCAUCGGCUUGGUAUACUGCGUUAUUUCGCCGUUGAUUUCCAUCUUUGCUGUCAUUACGUUUAGUUUACUGUGGCUUGCUCAGAGGUACGCCAUGCUGUACGUCAACAGGUUCGAAAUGGACACGGGCGGCGUGCUUUACCCGCGUGCCAUCAAUCAGACCUUUACAGGCAUUUAUUUCAUGGAGCUUUGCAUGGCCGGCCUGUUUUUCAUUGUUCAGGACGUGGGCGGAACGCACACUUGCACCCCGCAUGGCGUCGUCAUGCUUGUGGUUCUGAUCUUGACAAUCGUCUACCAGGUGCUCCUGAACAUCUCAUUCUCGCCCCUUUUCCGGUACCUUCCAAUGACCUUUGAGGAUGAGGCAGUGCUGCGAGACGAGGUAUUCCAGCGGGCCCAAGACGUUCGUUUCGGUCUCCUUCAGGAUCCGACACAGGCGGACGAGGAGGACGAAGCGGAAACCAUGCGGGAAAAGUUACAGCGGCCGUCAGGCAGCGACAAGGACAUCGAGCUGCAGGAGUUGGAUCCGCAACGGCGAACUCAGGGCCAAAUGCUCCGCAAUCACGUGAAGCAGGUCGGCAACUGGGCAAAGGGCGGUGGCAAGCAGGUUGGCAACUGGGCCAAAGACGGCGGCCAGCAACUUCGAAAGUUGAAGGGCAUCGGCGACAAUACCCGAGCGGCCCGCUAUCGUCGCGACCAACGCCAGAAGGACCUUGAGUCGCAGCGCGCGAUAGGAGAUGCCUUGUUUGGCGGCGUCCACGACGACAUCGAGGACCUGACGCCCGAGGAGAGGGAUAUCCUGACGCAACACGCAUUCCAGCACUAUGCCCUGCGAGCCAGGCGCCCGACGGUCUGGAUACCGCGCGACGACCUCGGGGUCAGCGAGGACGAGAUUCGUCGGACCAAAGCCUACAGCGAGCACAUCUGGAUCAGCGACGAGGGUACGGCCCUCGAUAGCAAAGUGCGUGUUGUGUACGGGAAGAAUCCGCCCGACUUUUCUGAGGUGGACAUUAUCAACUUGUAACGGACGGUGGUGGUGGUCGGUGAGGCAUCGUCGCCCUUGUUUCUGCCAUUGAGGUGCUUGAGCUACAUUGCAUUGGCUUUCGACGAGUCGCACAGACACACACACGACAAUGGCAGGCAGGACCUUUGUUGCUUUUGGGUGGCUAGCACAACACUGAACGCUGUAUCGGACAGGGUGGCGAGAUGAUUUGCAUAGCGUGCGGCGAGGUGUUGUUGGCUCACUGCAAUUUUGCCUCUGUGAGGGGGCUUAGAAUAUUCGACACGGUUUGCAUCGGACGUGACGAACACGGAGCGUCCUUGUUUUCUCCUAUGAUUGUGUGUCGCGAGAUGGCACGACCCCUUGGGGAAUGAAUAUAUAGUAUAUCUUUGUAUGUCUAAAACGUGCGAGGUAUUGG